AUGCCAAAGGAGAGGAACUUCAACCCUGUUCAGGCCCAGCGCAAGGCCGAUAAGGCGCGGGCAAUCAAGAAAGGCAAGGCAGAGGUCCAGGAAAAGCGCAACGAGAGACUCGCCCGCAAGAACCCGGACCGGAUUCAAAAGCAGAUUGACGACCUCAAGGCCAUCGCGUCCAAGGGCGGCAAGCUCACGAGCCAUGAAGAGCAGGUGCUAGCGGGGCUGGAGAAGGAGCUCAAGGCGGUCAAAAGGGCGAGGGAGGCUGUUGGCGACAACGCGCCGUCGUUUAGUCGCGCGAGAGACGGAGACUCUAGGCCUGGAGUCUUGGGCAAGAGGAGGCGCGGCUCCCAAGAUGCUUCCAGCAGCGAUGAAGACGUACCCGACGACGUACGCAGCAUUCCUAUGCCGCGAGAUACCCCUCCGCCGAUAUCCAAGGACGUCAUGGACCAGUGGUACGCCAAGCGACGAGCACGACGGAACACGGGGCCUGCGGACAGGCAUGACCGCCGGGGUGACGACGGUCGAGGCGACACUAGCCGAGUCGUGGAUGGUGAAAGGCCGGCAAAGAAAGAGACACCGGCAACUGAGUACAAAACGGUCUACGAAGCAAAGCCAAUCAUGCGCGACCUACGGAAAGAGGCCGUGUCGGCGUUUGUGCCUGCAGCCGUCCAGAUGAAGAUGGCCAAGGGACAGGGCCAAGGAGGACUAUUGGAGCCUGAAGAGGCGGACAGGCUGGAGCGGGAGGGCUAUCUCAAAACAACGGCGGCAGGGGAGCAGAAGCAGUCUCGGGAAGGCGCUCGAACGGCCGCGGUGGAGGAUGCUCAAGAGGACGAAGAAGAGGGAUGA